AUGUCGGACCCUCGAAUCGGCGACCCUCUUGGGCAGCAAACGCGCGAUAGCUUCUGGGGCCAAAGUGGGCACCCUCAGCCCACGAGAUUCCACACGCCUGUGCGGUGCCCUGCAGGGAUUUUGAUGCCCUUUCAGGCAAUGGGCACGGGCCGAUGGGGUGAAACGCCAAUCUGCUCACAGGGUUUCAUGCUGGGCUUUCUGUCUGCUGCUGACCCGUGGAUCGGUGCGCCCCCAGCACAGUGCAGCGUCGUUGCGUUAGGUGCUGUCCAACAGUGGCUUUUGUUUCUCCUUGAUGCAGAUAGCCACACAGCGUGGCUUCAGAGUGCCGUGCGGUUGGCUGCCGGACGCGAUGAAAUCACCAAGCUCCCGUACCUGUCCUCGCACAACAACAAAGUUCAGGCACGAACCAAGGAGCACCGGAGCUGGACGCUAAACCACUGCCUUGAAGCAAGCCCCAUCAUUUCGGGCAAGGCGCCGGACGCUGUUGCUGUUGCUACUGUGAGGAAUUAUCCAAGAUGGGCAAAAGGAGGCAAGGAAACGCACAAUGAUGUUUUAGCUCAGACUCAGCGGCCCGGCGAAUGCUGCCUCGCCCUUCUGCUCCCCCGGCACCGCCUCGCUCCUUCGACGGGACCACAUGCCAUCUCCCUCACGGGUCUCAGUUUUGUCACAGCGUCACAGUGUAAAGGCGCCAAGAACGUUGUGAAGCGGCUGGUCCCUUGGCAUGCCCUUGGUAUGGCGGUUCCAUUGGCGGCUGGAGGCGACUCAAAUUUCACAUGCGUGCCAUUGGCGGCGGCCGCCCGGAACCUAAUUUCCCCUGCCAAAGCUUUUGUUGGACAUGGGAGCUGGACAAAGACGGACAAUGACAUGAUGGCGCCGGAGAGGAAACAAGCGCCAUUCGGACUCUUUGACGCCCAUAUUCGGACACAGUCUCCAUGGAGUACUUGGCCUGAUGGUGCUGCUAGCCACCAAGCAGGCAGUGCGAAGACGGCCACGCGAACCUACCGCUUCUUGGCCUGA